AUGCUACAUUUCUCGCCAUGGAGUUAAAAAAUGGAUCCCUUAACUCAUAGAUUUUAAAAUAAGGCAUAGCAAUCAUUAUCACCAAAUUCACAACCAAAAACUGGAAGAUUAAAUAAUCUGUCUCUUUAGUAACAUCCUAAAAAAAUGAACUCAUAAUAUUACAAACAUCAAAACAGUAGAAUUUAAGAUGAAUCUAAAUAAUAUAAUAAUGCAAGCAGUUAAACAGAUCUACCUUCAUUAGAAAUGGAGGAAUUACUGUUUGCAUAAUAAUAAGAAUAAUCAUCAAGAAAAUAUCAGCAUGCUAUGCUUUAAACAAAAAAUCACUAUCAUUAAUAAACUAUCAUUAGUUUAUUACAGAGUAUUCAUUUUAAAUCAGAUCAACUAUAAUCUUUUAAAUAAAAGGCCUAAUAAUUAAAAAAAAUCAUUGUACAAAAUAAAAAUAGAACUAUAACUGUUAUUGUUGUUAAUAAUGCUACUUAAUUUGUUUCUUAUUUACUUAAUUCAAAUUAUUUUGAAUAACCUUCAGGUAUUUUUUUCACUACUCAACAUCAUCCAUCUUACUUUAUUACACAAAUAACUAUUUCAAAUAGCAGUUCUUCAAAUACUGUGAGUUCAUAUCAAGAUUUAUUAGCUGUAACUAAAAAAAACAGAAUAUUUGAUAUAGGUUUGAAUAGAUUAUUAUAUGACUAAUCUUAAUCUUUUAUACAUUAUUGCCCUGAUAUUGUUAUUGCAACUAUUGGAAAUCUUUAAGAAGAAGUCUCUAAUAAAUAAAGGGAUUAAUCUUUUUUGUUUAGAAGUGCAGAAUAAAUGAAAAAAGAAACUAUGAGAUUGACUAAAAAAAGAACAAAAUUUAAAUUAAAAGAAUUAAUUUGA